UUCUUUGACUGAGAGAUCUGAGUCUUCUAAUUACGAAAGCACGGGCAAUCCAGCCAACGGUGCGACUUUCUUUAGUGACAAUAAAGAUCGACUGUUCUCUAUAUACACUAUACAUAAAAUGAAUCACAAAAAUAUUUCAAAAUGAUUUUUAUAGUAAGAGGAAAGGAAGCCAAUUAAUGUACAAUCACACCCACACAUUCAUCCCCUUUAACAUGUACACUGUACCCCUUUGACUUCAGAUUGCUUGAGCACUACGGAAUGGUAUGGUAACAUAUAUUGAAUUCCAAAUAACUGAAUGCACCUUAUACUGGUCUUUGAAUUAUUUAUCUUAAGCCUAUAUGCUGUCGUCUAUAUUGGCGACAGAUGUUCUUCUUGAAAUGAAGUCAGAAGUGACGCAGAUUCAGGUAGUAAUUUUCUGUGUAGAAUAAUAUCACUGAAAGACACAUCCAUGGCAAAGAAACAUACAAAUAAUGAAGCGUUGAGAGUAACUGAAAUGGAGAUUGUAUUCGCAAGUCUUUCGCCUCCACGUAUGAUUCGCUACUCACUGCAGUAUGCCAUCUGCGUUGCAGGUAUUCUUGUUGCAGCCUUCAGCCUCGGAGAAGCGGUGCCUUGUUCUCCUCUGAAUGAAGUGACACCCGACGCCGAGACGGCAUGUGAUUAUUGGUUCUGUAGUGAGUUUGGCUUAGACAAGAGAGAAUGCCCCAUUGGAAUGAACUUUGACCAUGAGCAGCAAACAUGUAUUGUCACACACCGUGAAUUUCAUGACUUUGCCAACGCAAAAAGUCCGCGUUUCAUUUCCGACCCGAUGCAGCAGGUUGGUCUAAUGAGUUUAUGGCGAGAAACCUGUCGGUCUAUAACACCCAAGCUUACGACCACGUCUCAACCGCCAACAACACCUUCAGUGCCAGAACAUGUGCCGGUAUUCGUCCCGAUUGAACAAGAAGUCCCAAAGCAAUUGCAACUUAUUGCCUCUAGCAGCGCUGACCAAUCCGAUGUAGCAGUAGUAAGACAAGUCCAUGAAGAUCAGAAACGUCAAAUAAAUUCAAGUUACUGUCAAUGCUUUGCAAGAGGCGAUCCUACCUAUGAGACCUGUGACGGGGCUUCUAUUAAUUUCCAAGGGGAGUGUACCUAUACCUUAGUUACCAACAGUACGGAACUUCCAGAAGGCGUGCUCCCGUUCCACAUUGCGGUGAAAAAUACCAAGUCCUCCUUUUCACCUAUCAAGACUUACACCAAGACAGUGAGAAUAACUGUGGCCGGACAUACCAUUGAUAUGUCCACUACCGAAGGAAAAUCUGAUGUGACGGUCGACGGAAGAAGAGAGCUCCUUCCUUAUCAAACCGAACUAUUCACUAUCAUUCAAAUAAAAAACGGGCCGUCAGAAAAUGUGCGUAUGCGGUUCACUAUGGCGGAUACAGGAUUAAUGGUCUUCGCCACAAAUAGCGGCAAACACCGAGUAGGCGUGGUAAUUCCGAAUGCCUACCGGGACAAACUCUGUGGCUUAUGUGGGAACUUUAAUGGGAACAUGGCUGAUGAUUUCACCACUGCAAACGGAACAUUCGUCGGAGAUCACUCAGAUAAAAAUAAUCUGGUGGGAAAUAGUCAUAGAAUCGCUGAUCCGGACGAUGAUGAUGAGUGUCGAAGUCAGCCUUUGGUACCAGGCUGCCGUAAUGAUGAGAACGAUGAAGAGGAAAGAGAAAAUGAUUGGGGUCGCUGCACAGCACGUGGGGAUCCAAUAUAUCAAACCUACGACGGAUACACAUUGAAAUUUCAUGGAGACUGCACUUAUUUAUUAACGGGAACCUGUUACUAUAGUCAGGAUGACCUCCCACAAUUUGAGGUCCUGGUGACCAAUGCCCAUCCUACUACAAACAAUGACGUCACGUUCACUAAAAAGGUGUCUACGACGUUUAAUAUCAACGGUGUAGAGACUACAGUUGAUAUGUAUACGUUACAAGGAGUAGACUAUGCUGAUGUCGACGGUGUUCGAGUAUACUUGACGGUGCCCCAUAGACGAGGACACUUCACACUUCUUGAACAAAACGGUCGCAUAGCUCUCGUUACGGCCUUUGGUCUUAUAGUCAGAGCCUACAACACAGGGAAACACCGAAUCAGCGUUGAUGUCCCUAGUGAAUAUCAGAGGAUGCUUUGUGGUCUGUGUGGUGAUUUCAACAGGGACCCGAAUGAUGAACUGAGGCUUCAAAGCGGGGAACUGCUUCACGUGGACGAGAGCGACCCCUGGCCGGCACAUAAGGCGUUUGGAGAAUCCUGGCAGGUACAUGUCGAGGGUGAAAAAGCAAGUUGUGCAACCCAAGCUUCCCGGCGUAGCCUAUGGAGUUUCGGCGACGGCGUUGGUCCAACAGCGUCGGUGGAUAAAAGGACCGCUGGCACUGGACGAUCUUUGGGGUCGUUCUCAAAUCAGCCCGUCUUUCAGCAGAAUAAUCCAUGGUCCAUUUGUUCCGACGUUAUUAGGAAUCUCUUAUCCGAUUGUCUGAUGGCGCAGGGUGGGCUGGCAGAGGCAAACCGGUUUACAGCCCUUUGUGCGUAUGCUGCGGCCCAAGCCCCAAGUAACUGGUACAGCAUCCAGUUAGCGAUAUGUGAAGUCAUCGCCAAACUAGUGGACCGUUGUAGCUUAAGGAGAGCUACGGUAGAGGGCUGGGUUGGAAAGACCGGCUGCGGCCAGUUUCAGGAGAUGGAGGAAGGGAGGGUUGAAGUUGAAAGGGAUGACAAACACGUCAUGUCAGCAAAUAUGCAGCCAGCGAAAGAGGUGAUUGGCGACACGCGUGCUGGUCCCGCGGAAAGGAGCAAAAACGAGCUUGAUCGACUACCGGCGAAGAUUCAGUCAAGAGACGUUGUACUUGAGCGUAUCAAGAAGAUGUCCCCGGCGUCGCCUGAACACAAUACACUUGAUGAUCUUGUCAAACAAAUAAAUAACGGACAGGCCUAACCUACCGGUGCAGGAAUGUUCGUAACAUGCUUGAUAUCAAUAGGCGAUAUCUUUUCUCGGUUCAUUUUUUGGUGCUUUGACGAAAAAUUUAUUUCUAAAUUUGUGUUUUUUUCCUUUUUGUUACCAUAAGGUAAAGACAAUGGGACAACUCAAGAAUUCUAUUUUGAUAAAAAGAAUUCUAUUUUAAUAAAACUACCAUUUCAAAGGAAAAAUUCAUACGUGCACAAUUGUUUGGCUUACACAGUGUUACAACAAUCAAUAAAGGUUUACA